AUGUUUGGGUACCGAUCUGUCAUUGAAAGCAUGCUUGGCGCGAGGAUGGGUGGAGAGAAUGAACCCCAGAAAGGCUCCCCUGAGGAAAGCUACCUGUUCAGAGCACGUCAAGUAGCUCAAGGCAGGCUUCCAGAAUUGGCCGAGAACAAUCUGUUCACUCCUCCACUUAUUCUCCUACAUUUCACGCUUUUUACUUUGGCAGUGACAAACAAUAUAAAUGGCAUUGCGCUUCUAAUUUUAGAGCUCAAAGGCAUCUCAACAAGCCUAGAAGAGAAGAGCACAUGGGGGUCUAUAUCUGGCGCGGCCCGCGAAGGCCACACGCCUCUUGUGGCCCUCUGGUUAUCAGAGGACCCAUCCAACCACGGACCGGUAUUUCUAAUGGCGAUAUAUGAGGGACAUCUAGAAAUUGUCAAUCUAUUUUUGGAGGAGGACUCCCUUCGGAAUAUAAUAAGCCAGAAGGAAGUAUGCUCUUGCUGGUGUCAUAACCCCCUCAUUUACACCACCGCGGAGGGACAUCUCAACAUUGUUAAUAGACUCCUUGAAGCAGGCGCCGACGCCGACCCUCAGCAUAUAGACACGAGCUGCCCUCAAUGUGUUGAGGAAAUGGGUGGGCAUCGAUCAUCGAAAACUAAUACGAACUCUUGCACCCCACUUGAGUUUGCUGCACAUUUCGGGAACUUACCUAUCCUCAAUAGGCUUCUCGAGAUGGGUGCUUGUGUUAAGGGCCCUAAUGGGUAUACUGCGCUUUUGAGAGCCGUUGCUAGAGGUAACCUUCACAUGGUUAACUGGUCCCUGGAGGCAGGCGCCGAUGUCGAGUCAAAGAUAAAUGGAGACACCUCACUUGUGCUGGCCGCAUACAAAGGCCGUCUACCUCUUCUUAACAUGCUUUUAGAGGCGGGCGCUUCUGUUAAUCCAAAGAGUUCACGCGAUGGACACUCACCGCUUUCGGUUGCCGUAGAGGAAGGCCAUCUAUGUAUUGUCAACAAGCUCCUGGAGGUGGGCGCAGACUUGGAGGUGAGGAACUGCGAUGGAGACACCCCACUUUUGCUGGCCAUAGAGAAGGGCCACCUAAACAUCAUCGAUAGACUUCUGGACGCUGGCGCCAAUGUAAACGUAAAGAAUCGUUACGGACUUAGCUCGCUUUCAAAGGCCGCAGGAAAUGGCAAUCUCUCUAUUGUGAACAGACUUCUGGAGGCAGGUGCUGCUCAAUAUAGGACAGCUUAUGUUGUGGCGCUUUUCAUGGCCGCAUCCUCCGGAUAUCUGGCUGUUUUCAACAGGCUUUUGGAGGUUGGCAGCGAUGCUGAAAAGGAACGGUGA